AUGAUUGUAAUACUACAUGCCGGCUUUCUCCAUGCUUUCUCGCGGGUCAGCUCAGGUCCGCAAUUCUUGCUCAAGACUGCUCAGAUUGUAUGGAGUGUAUUGAUUGACUUCGACAUUUGGAAAGACGAAAACAGCAAGUUGCCACACUCGAGGUCGACCGAGCUUCCUUCCGCUCAUUCUAUUCAACCCGAUGCUGGCGAAUGCCGUCUUACAGAGCCUCUACUAAACGAUGAUAAAGUCCCUCGCUAUGCGAUCCUCUCACAUAUGUGGGGAGCGGGCUCUGACGAGGUCGCGUUCAAUGACCUGACGAACGGCACUGAUGUUUCUACCGCUAAGGGGAAAGCAGAUAGCGAUGAUUUUGAGUGGGAGUCUGCGUUUCGAAGAAGCAAAUGGUUCACUCGAGGCUGGACACUCCAGGAGCUGCUUGCGCCUCAUGCUGUCGAAUUCUUUUCCCAGCAAUGCAAGCGGCUUGGCGAUAAGGAUUCACUGAGGCGACAGAUCCAUGAGAUUACUGCCAUUCCAGAGGCAGCGCUGCGAGGGGAGCUGCUGUCGCAAUUUGAGGUAGAGAAACGCUUUUCGUGGAUGGAACACCCCCGGACGACGCGUGAGGAGGACAUGGCAUAUUCGUUGCUGGGCAUUUUCGGCGUCUAUAUCGCUCCUUCUUACGGCGAAGGGGUAGGUAUGGCACGCAAACGACUCCGAUACCAGAUUAAGAAGCUGGAGAAGUGUACGCGAGACUUACACGUCACCGAUCCUCGAUGUGACAAGGCGCGCAUCGAACAGACAAAGGGCGGACUACUUGAGGAGUCGUACCGCUGGAUCUUCGGAAACCAAAGCUUCCUCCGCUGGCGUGAAGAUCCGAAAAGCCGGCUGCUAUGGAUCAAGGGCGAUCCUGGAAAAGGCAUGACUAUGCUGCUCUGCGGCAUUAUCAAUGAGCUGAACGAUCCAACGGCUAAAACAACCAUUCUCUCGUACUUCUUCUGCCAGGCCACUGACUCGCGUAUCAACAGUGCAACGGCUGUGCUCCGGGGUCUCCUGUUCAUGCUUACGGGAAAAGCACUCUUCGAAGAUGCCAACGCCUGGAUUGCUUUGUCUGAAAUUUUCACGGAUAUUCUGCAAGACUGGACCUUGAAAAACGUGUACUUCUUCGUCGAUGCGCUCGACGAAUGCGUGCAGGGUCUAGACAAGCUGCUAGCUUUCAUCGUAAAAGUUUCGUCUCUAUCAGCUCGUGCCAGGUGGAUACUGACAAGUCGUAACUGCUACAGAAUCGAGCAGCAACUACGGCUCGACGAUUCUGGAGCGAGGCUCAGUCUUGAGCUGGAGGAAAACGCUGAGCAAGUCUCCCAUGCCGUUGACGCUUACAUCAACUAUCGGGUGGGCGAACUGGACCAAAUUCAGCAUGACCAGCUGCUCCAAUCAUUGGUUCGAGAGAAGUUGCAACAGAAGGCGAAAGGCACCUUCCUUUGGGUGUCUCUAGUCAUGAAAGAGCUCAAAGAUGUUCAGGUCCGGGAGGUAGUGAAGGUCCUUGACGAAGUUCCAGCAGAGCUGACUGACUUAUACGGGAGGAUGAUGCAGAAUAUCAAGCAGUUGAAGCGCCAGAAUCCAGAACUGUGCCUUCAGAUUCUCUCCACUGUCAUCGCUACGCAACGUCCACUGCAUCUGCAGGAGCUUUGCGUUUUGGCGGCCUUGCCUCAACAAGGCUCCAAUGUAGAAGAGAUGACCAUGAUGGGCAGCUGUCUUCAGACGCUUGAGGGCCACAGCUCCCCCGUCUACUCGGUCACCUUCUCUCAUAGGUCAGCCUAUCUGGCGUCAGCGUCCGACGACCAUACAGUCAGGGUGUGGGACGCAGGCAGUGGCGAGUGCGUCCAGAUACUGAAGGGCCACACCUCUACUGUCUACUUGGUGGCCUUCUCCCACGACUUGACCCGGGUAGCGUUCGCAUCCAAGGACCACACGGUUAUGUUUUGGGACAUGCGCGCUGGCGAGUGUCUCCACACAAUCGAUGUUGAAAGGGUCCUCUAUCGCAUCUCGUUCGACUCUACCGAUAGAUACUUGCACACUGAUGUUGGCGUUCUUAAUAUCAGGACUAUGACCAUUUCAACUCAAGUAUCAAGAAGUGCAGAAACUCAAACUGCUCAGGUUCAGAGCGUUGCUUUAGGGACAGGUGGUACAUGGAUAACAUAUGGUUCAAAAAAAUAUUAA